GUCCGAUAACCGAUGGCACUGCCUUCUUAUCGGUAGCAGCUGUUAAUGAGCAACGUAGACAAAAGUAAAUAUUAUUAAAAAAUUGCGUAGUAAAUAAAGGCAGUAAAAACGUAGUACAAAGUAAAGAAGAGAUCAUCAGAACAGUAAUCAGCUGCAAUUAAGCAGAGAUUUAAAAAGUUCAGAAGAAACUAGUUCCGAACGUGUUGUGAUUUCGCAGUCGCCGCACUUGUGGCUUUCAAUUUCCUUGUUCUCCAAUCAAAUACCAUAUAAAUAAGCUCGAAUCGAAAGCAGGUUUUGCAUUCAUUGUAAAACAGUGGUAAGGCGUGCAGCUGACUAAUCGGAGAUAUUAAUCCAGAUCCAGAUAUAUACAUAUAUAUUUAUAUAGCAUAAAUCGGACUUAUAAUGUCGCAGCAACCUGUUGCCUUCUUAACCCGUCGCGAAACUUUCAGCGCCUGUCAUCGUCUUCAUAGUCCUCAAUUGAGCGAUGCCGAGAAUCUUGAAGUCUUUGGCAAGUGUAACAACUUCCACGGCCACGGACACAACUAUACAGUUGAGAUCACCGUUCGCGGUCCCAUCGAUCGACGGACUGGAAUGGUGCUGAAUAUAACCGAGCUAAAAGAAGCUAUUGAGACAGUGAUUAUGAAGCGUUUGGAUCACAAAAAUCUCGACAAGGACGUUGAGUACUUCGCCGACACACCUAGUACCACAGAAAAUUUGGCUGUGUACAUUUGGGACAACAUCCGCCUGCAGCUGAAGAAACCGGAACUGUUGUACGAGGUGAAAAUCCAUGAGACACCAAAGAAUAUUAUUAGCUACCGCGGUCCGUAUCCGCUUAAUGGAAUCUAUAAUCCCAUUAACAAACGCAUUACUCACGAUUCCUGCACCAAUAUAUCCUCGGACUCGGAUUAAAUGGGGCAGCUUAACAAGAAUUUACAUUCAAACUUAGUGACAUUGCCUAACGAAUUUUAUUGGACCAAUGCUCAGCGAACACUCACCCAAACUCUUAAACUGAAAUAGACACGCAUAGAAAAAGACACUUACCAUGUAAGCGAUUUAAAAGUUAUACGAAUUACAAAGUAUGUAGACGUAAUCUAUGUUUAUGCAACAAAUAUAAUUGAAUAAAUCCAAAAGCAAAUCAAA